CACCGGGGUGCGCGCGCGACGCACCAGUCGGCAAUCCGCCCGGGCGGGCGCCAUACGACCGGAAUCUGCGCGAGCGACACAUUCGCGAUAAUAUAAAAAUUUCAGUGAAAUAUAACGCGAACACAACACUAUUGUUAACACGCGCGCGCACGAUUCUGUGAACCAAUACGAGUAAAGUGAACGAGUCUCGAGUGCAGUGAGCGACAGAUCCGCACAACGAGAGAGCGAUCAGGGGUAUCGAAGAUCCCUCAUAACGAAACGAUUCGAGACAGGCGUUGUACCUUUUGGACUUUGCCCCUCGAAAAAUAUCGCUCUGUGACUGUCAGGCACCAAGUAAUCCUGCACCGCUCUUAAAAAUCGUAAAAACGAAAUUUCUCGAACCUACCCUCCUUUGUGGCCACAGGAGGGAUUUUAUAUUUAAGGAGAAAAGAUCUCUUACGUGACGUCACGUCUUGUUAACAUUUUUUUUUCUAUAAUCUUUCAAAAAGGUUAAACUAAUCCGCAUUUUUAAUCUGUAUAUUACAUACUAGUUAGUGUUUACAUAGUGUAAAUAUUGCAAUAAAUUAUUAACCUUAAAAUUACGACAUUGUAACUAUAAUACUAGUCAUUCAUCUAGUGUAUUUAUUUAAAUUAAUCAAAUUAAACAAAAUAAUAAAAAUAUGCGUGGUUCUUAUUAAAAAAACAUAUAUUUAACUUAUCUGUCACUACCAAAGAGUGUAAACCGUCCAUUUCGCGCGUAAUCUUGAAAAUACGCGCCAAGAAUCGAGGCAAAGGAUUAACGGAAGUCGGCCAGAAUCAAAAAUGCAGACACAAAUGGGUGUUGGCGGGGAGCUGCAGAGGAGCUAUCGGGUGCAGGACUUCGCCUCCCCGGGAGUUAUCAUGCGGGAGCGGAGUUUUGUACGGCCACAAUCGCAUCAUAAUAUGCAUCAUAACCAGUUUCCGAAUAAUGGGAAACGGCGGAGCAUGAUCUUAACCAACGCAAAAGGAAAACCUACUCUGGAAAUCUAUAGACCACCAGGUGUCCGCACAGACGGCGUGGCUGUCACCAGCGGUUCCACCACGGGCACAUCGACCGCCACCACGCCGACGACGCCGUCGAAUAAGCUGAAUGUCCACGCCAAAGAAUUCACCAUGGCCAAACCGGCUGAUCUGCAAAAUAGGUCGGCAGUAGGCAUGGGGUUCGCGAGCGUCGGGCUGCAGCACUCGCGCUCGGCGGUGCUGCACGCGCAGGUGCCGCCGCACUACCGGCCCGUGAUGCCGCCGCACGCGCUGCUCGCCAGCGCCUCCAGCGGGAACGUGCCGCACGCGCAGAGCGGGCCGCGCGUGCACUUCAAGCUGCAGCCGCAGCAGGCGACGGCGGAGAAGAAGAAGUCGCCGCCCGCGUCGCUGGCGAACGGCAACGGCAAGAGCGCGCGCUUCCCGGCCGGCCUCAAGCGCUCCAAGUCGCUGACGUCGGCCGACGCGCUCGCCAGCGGCAUGGCGGCGCUCGGGCUGGCGGCCGACGCGGGCGACCUCGGCGCCUUCCCGCCCGAGAUACAGGACUGUAUCGAUAAGGCCCUGGAAGGUGAGAGGGACGACCCGAACGCGGUGUGCGCGCGCACGCUGAUGGACGCGGUGGGGCACCUGGUGGGGCGCGCCGUGGAGUCGCCGCGCUACGCGCUGCCGGCCGCGCGCCGCUGCAUCGCCGUCGUGGAGCGCGAGCACGGCGAGACCUUCCUCGAGUCGCUGCUCAACACGUGCCAGCAGUGGUACCACGACCGCGACAAGCUGCUGGGCGCGCUGGUGGGCGGCGGGCGGCCGCGCCUCAUGGCGUUCCUGUCGUUCCUGCUGGAGAUGUACUGCCAGCUGCGCCGCCGCGCCAUCCAGCGCCGCGGCGCCAGCGCGCAGCCCGGACAGGUUCUGCUGACGCUGAUCUGCAAGUGUUGCGAAGACUGCAUCCGGCAACCCGUACCGUCACCCAGUGAUACGGAGAACCUGUUCUUCGUGCUGACGUACAUCGGGCGCGACCUGGAGACGCAGCUGCCCGGCGACCUGGAGCGGCUGCUGACGGCGGUGCGCGACGCGUUCAUCAACACGGCGGCCGCGCCCUCCAUCCGCCGCACGCUGCUGCAGCUCAUCGAGCUGCACGCGUCGCGCUGGCAGCUGCCCGGCUGCGCGGUGCUCUACUACUACCCCUCCUCCAAGUAGCUGCCGCCCCCUCGCAGCCCGCCCCCUCGAGAGGCACGCUGCUGCAGCUGAUCCAGCUGCACGCGUCGCGUCGGUAGCGCUGUACUACCUCUCUACGUAGUAGCCGACGUUUCUUGGCAGCCCGCUGAGUAGUGCGGCAGCUGCGGAUCAAUGAGUUGCACGCAUCGUGCUAGAACUGCUUGGGUCCUAUCGUAACCAGGUCGUGGUCAGGUAGACCUAAAUAGCCAGCACCUCUACAAGUGAGAGUUGUUUUAUAGCGGUUAGUAGUACGAUGCUACUGAUUGAGCUGCACGUGUAAGGCUAUCUGUCCGGCUGUGCGAUGAUGUACUAGUUCCAUUAUCCAACGCUCCCUCGAGUAGCAGGCUGCUGCAGCUCGUGGUGCUACACAGGUAGAUAGUUGGUCUCUAGUACGUACCCGUUCGGUAAUACGUUGCUGCAACUGAUCGAACUGCACGAGUGACGCUGGCAGUGCUGUACUGAUACCCCUCCUCUAAAUAGUUGUCUAGGAAAUAUUUCGAAGUUCCUGGAUAGGAUUGCCGGUGGAGAAUUGAAACUUUCGAACCUGGAUCAUCCCCUUUAGUAGCAUACUGCUGCGGCUAAUCGAGCUGCACGCGUUGCACUAUGCUUACUUUAGCUGCUCGGCUAACUUCUAAGAGAAAAUAAAUUGAGCAGUGAGCUAGUGUUAAAUGCAUCUGGGAUAAGGAUUUACUUUUUCUAUUUUAAUUUUUAAAAUAAGUGAAUGAAAGUUAAAAAUUGAUCACCGGCAAUCCAUCACUUGGCGUUAUCAUGUCGUCUAUAUACGAAAAAGUGAUGUUUGUAAAUUAAUCUUUUGUACGUUUCGGUAUUGUAGUGUGGUGAAAAUGCGUGUCUGCAUUUUUAUUAAGCUCAAAUUGUGAGUUGUGACAUGAUGGAUAUCUGUUGAAAUAAUCGUCGUUUGUGUAUCCGCCGGUUGUACAUACAUUUGAUAAUACGAUUGUAUCAUGUCUAAUGAUUGUCUAUUAAUAUAUCGUUUUGGUUUGAUCACUUAGUUUCGUGUAUUAAUUAUGUAAUUGUCGAUGAUUUUGUUCGAGGAGGGGUGUAUUCUACUAUAGGUUCCAUAAAUGCCUAAAUACAAAGGUUACAAGCAUUUCUGUUAGCGUACGGUUUGAUUUGGUAUACUAUUGUGAUCUUCGUUGUAUUUCGUUAGUUUAAUUCAGGUCAAUACAACUUAUAAACGUAUAAUUGUAGGCAAGUGUUGCCAUAAGCUCAUGUUAUAGUGCCUUUUAAUGUAGGUUGUGCAUUUUCAUUACUUUCAAAAUUGUAAGUGGAGUUUCCCGUUCGUCCACUGAAUGUGCGUUAAAGCAAAACUUCAAGAAAAAAUAUUGAAAGUGUGAAGAGUUGAUCGUAGAUUUAAUAAUACCUAGUUUUAAGGUGAAAUUUAAUAUACGAGCGAUAUAUGCCUAAAAGUAUUACAGAGUACGUGUAUAAUAAGUAGUUAUUGACAAAUUAACGAUGUACAUUACUGUACGAUAUUCGCAUAGUAUUUCGUGCAUUGUAUCCUUUUGUCGUUUUAAAGUUUUUAGUUAAUGUAGGAUUUGAUAACUCGGCUUCCUAGCUACCUGCGCUUCCCUCGGUAGUUGUUACGUUAUAAGAUAUUAUUUGCACUGGCAAUUAUAAUAAUGCGUUAUUUACAAUACGGUAUACACCUACUUGCAAAAUAUAUAUGUGCUUUAAAAUUAUGAAAAUCUAUAAAAAAAAAUGUUUUGACUGAGUUACAAUAUGAGAAUGUUUAUGCUUGUGAUAUUAUAAAUUUAAGGCGUAUUUGAAUCUUUCUGUCCUAACCAAAGACUGUAUCCACGUGGUUUUCAAUUGAAUUUUAUUAACACACUGUUGUAAAAUAAGUAUUUGUUGUUGAAGCUGGACCAAAUUGUCUUGUGUUAUCUAAUGUCGUAUAUACUUGAGAGAAAUUCUAAAAGUUUAAAAAGGAGGUUGAAAGCUUUGCCACGUACGUACGUAUCUACCGUUUUUCCUCAAUUAAAUACGACAUUAACCUGUAUUCCCAAAUAAAAACGUAUAUUGUAAGCCUGAAAAUAAUUGUAAUGUUUAGUUUUUAAAAUAAUGUGUGAUCAAAUUACAUCAAUAUGAAGUUAUUUUUAAGGAUUAACAUAUUGAACGUCUUAUUGCAUAAUAGCAAUUUAUAAAGUUGCAAUACGUUUUUAUAAAAAAGAAAAAAUAA